AGCGCUUCUUGGCAAAUUUUAUCAAUUGUGGGUUCUCCUGUUUGUGUGUGUGUGGGUUUAUUUCCUAUACUCAAAAUGUUGCGAAGCGCCGUGGUAGCGCUAGUGGUGGUGGUAGCAUCAGUAUCAGCAGCUAUCAGUGAGAUUAGACCCAGACAGACCAAACCUGGCAGGUUCCUGUCACUCCCAGUUCCACAGAAAUGCAGUCAGAGGCCGAAGGAGUUCUUCUACAACGGCCGCAACUACUUCUUCAGCGGACACCUGCCGCAGUACCGCAACACUCGCGUGGACUGGCUGGACGCCAGGAACAUCUGCCGCGAGUACUGCAUGGACCUUGUCUCCAUGGAGUCCCAGGAGGAGAACAAUCUCAUCUUUAGGCUCAUACAGCAGAACGACGUGCCGUACAUCUGGACGAGCGGACGUCUCUGCGACUUCAAGGGCUGUGAGGGCCGUCGGGACCUGGAGCCCAAGAACCUGAAUGGAUGGUUCUGGUCGGCGACGCGGGUGAGGAUGGCGCCUACCAACCAGAUCCCUGGCGGCUGGGGCUACAACGCCUGGAGCGCCACGGGACACAAGAAAACGAGGCAGCCGGACAACGCAGAGUUCGACAUCAACGGAACCAACGAGUCGUGCCUGAGCGUGCUGAACAACGUGUACAACGAUGGGAUCGCGUGGCACGAUGUCGCCUGCUACCACGAGAAGCCCUUUGUCUGCGAGGAUAGCGAUGAGCUCCUCAACUAUGUGGCCAGCACCAACCGCGGCAUCCGACUCUAACCUCGACCAAAGUCUUCUUCUUCCUCUCCCUUCUGAACUGAUUAAUUAUUAAAUUUCCUUAGUUUUUA